AUGGCUUCAGAAUUUCUUCAGAAUACUCCUGGCAAUAACACGUCAAUGCCUAGUGGUCGUCCUGUAAUUCAAACAAAACCUGGUAGCUCCAUAACUCGGUCACAAGAAUCACACAAUCGUCGAUUAUGUCCUCGUAUGGGUGUACAACACAUCAGAAGUAAACAAGUCAGCCUGUUGGAUUGGCCACCUAAAGCAUCAUGUAACGAUGGUUCCAGCGUUGACGAAAUUGGUACAGUGAACAGCUCUACCGUAUCGAAUCGGCUCAAAAGUAGACCUUCAUUGUUGUUGUCAAUUCAUGAACAAGAUCAAUCUCAACCUGGGAGAAAUGGACAGCUACUUCUGAAUAAAAUGAUACCGACUAAAAGACGACCAAUAAAAGCUAAACACGCUAUACAUAAUGAAAAUGUUUGUCAAUUUACACAGGUAACGAAUCAACAGACUGUAUUUACCAACGAUCAUAAUACAACCGGUAAUAAUGAGAAUGACUUACGACAUUCAGGCUGGGAUAUGCAACAGCGUCUGAAUUCCCCAGUGUGUUUACCAUUGACAUCCUCUCCGUUUUGUAUAUUGUCCCCGUGUCAAAAUGAUGCUAUUUGUACUGAUCCUGUAGUAAGAAGGCGAGUCAGCGCUGAUGUUACACCAGUAUCUGCAGGAGUUAAACGAAUUAUCGAUUAUACUGACGGUACAUCGACACCAGCGAAACGAAAAUGUAGUGACUACUCUCCCAUUACAUCAAAUCCUAACUGUAUAAAUGGGUACCAUAAAUCCUCAGAGUAUACAUCAGAAACAAUCCACAUUAACGAAACAACCAAUUCAACCGUCAAUACUUCCGAUAUCAACUCCAAUUCAGAUCAAGCGCCUACUAACAAAAGACGAAGUCUUACAAUGAAAUGCUACAACAAAUUCACUAAAAAUGUGACAAAACAAUUUAUUCGUCGUAACAGCACAGGAAGUUCAAAAGUUUCCAAGCCCAAUGCCCAACUGAGUGACAAUUCAAAUCACAGAAAACCUAAUAUGUUAAAUGUCAUUAGACGAUCUGCAAGACGUACCCUUGGUACUAUACGUGAUAUGCUGAAACCUUCGAAUUCAUCCACCUCAGUCGUGUCAAACUCAUCGGAUGUUAAUGAAACUAAAUAUGAAUCACAAUGUGACGAUCAAUGCUUUGUACCUCCGGAUCAGAUCACAUCCUUAGCAGUACCUCUGUUAGAAGAAGGUCUAGAUGGAAAUGACGGGGAUCAUGGCCUUGUCUACGGCGAUUCUGAUUCCUCAAAUUCUCUACGAUAUGUCACCUUAUCAAAAUCUAGUCAAGAUAGUACAUUCGGUUUAUUUGUUACAAAAUCUAACCUGGGUUAUCGUGUAACACGUUUAACGGUGCGAUUAAUUCUAAACAAUUCAAGUCCACUGCGUAUUGGUGAUGAAAUUAUUCAAGUGAAUGGAAUAGAUUGCAGACAAUUAGAUAUUGAUCAGAUGCAAGAAUUAUUUCGACAGAAUCAAACUAUUCAGCUGACAAUCAUUGAUGAAUAA